GACAUUUCACGAUUUUAAGUGCUUUUCUACACGCAAUAAAUACAUUUUAUUAAUAACUAAAUGGUUAAUUAAUAUUUUAAUAUUCUUACAAUAUGGUUACUGCCGCAGAAGAAAACUUUCUCAAACAGUCCUUGGUGAAGUACUAUAAUCCUGAUAAAACUCGUGUGGACGUAGCAACUGUAUUAAAUAUUUAUAAAAGUUUGACAGCCAGAUACGAGGCUUUUGUGUUCAAUGAUGGAUCUCAGAAAGAUUUACUUAAUAUGCAAGGCACAAUACCCGUUACAUAUAAAGGUACCAUAUAUCACAUACCAGUAUGCAUUUGGAUAAUGGACACACAUCCACAAAAUGCACCAUUAUGUUAUGUGAGGCCCACACCUGAUAUGUGCAUUAAAGUUUCAAUGUAUGUUGAUUAUAAUGGAAAAAUUUACUUGCCAUAUUUGCACGAUUGGCAACCGAAUACUUCGGACUUGCUUAGUUUGAUACAAGUUAUGAUAGUCACAUUUGGAGAAAAACCACCAGUGUAUUCAAGACGUAACCAACAAGAUUCUGCAACGCCUUAUCCUCCUUGUAAGUGUGUUUUAUCACACUUGUAUUUAAAGUUUUAUCUUAUUGUAUUUUCUUUUUUAGCAAAUAUGCCUAGGGUAGGUAGUGCAGGUCCAUCACCAUAUUUACCUUAUCCUGCAGGUGGUUAUACACCUCCCACAAAUAAUGCAGGUUACCCUCCAUAUCCCCCUGCAACAUCUGCAUCCAAUUCAGUUCCUUAUCCAACUUCAUUCAGUUUUGGAAAUAUGCCAUUUCCAUUUUCACCAUCUCAAACGCCUUAUCCCGGACAAAGUGGGCCAAAUUUGCCAUAUCCUCCAACAUCAGGUACUGGUUCUAUACCUAUGCCUAAUGCAAGAACUGAUUUUGGCGGAGGUAAUAGUUAUAAUCAAACAGGCACUAUUUCUGAGGAGCAUAUUAAAGCUAGUUUAAUGAGUGCUGUGGAAGAUAAAAUCAGAAGACGUUUACGAGAACAAUAUUCACAAAGCCAGGCUGAAAUGGAAACAUUGCGAAGAACUGAACAGGAAUUAAAUGAAGGAAAAGAAAGACUUGAUAGAAUUUUCGCAAAAUUACAGCGAGAACAGACUGAAUUAGAAAAAAGCAUCUCAGUUCUUAAGGACAAAGAGGCAGAUCUGCAACGAGCGAUAAAUAGAUUGCAAGAUCAAGAAGAAAUAGAUGUAGAUGAGGCAGUAACCACAACAGCUCCAUUGUACAAACAAUUGCUGAAUGCGUUUGCUGAGGAGGCAGCAACUGAAGACACAAUUUACUACCUCGAUGAAGCUCUUCUCAAAGGAGUUAUAGACCUAGAUACAUUUUUAAAGCAUGUUCGAGCUCUAUCACGACGCCAGUUCAUGCUUAGAGCAUUGAUGCAGAAAUGCAGGCAGAAAGCUGGUCUCGCUUGUUAGUUUUGUCAUCACUUGCAUAUAUUGCCUUGU